AACCAAACGCUUCUUCUUAUUAUUAUUAUUAUUAUUUUUUUCACUUAUUAUUCCCCAUUCUUUCAACUCUUCCUUCUUCCGCACAGGCUCCUAAUACUUAAACCAAACCCUAGUAAAGCCCUAGCUGUUCGUUCGACCUCAUGAGACCUCCCAGGGGGCGCGGCGGCUUCAGGGGCGGCAGAGAUGGCGGCUUCAGAGGUGGCAGAGAUGGCGGCUUUAGGGGUGGCAGAGGUGGCGGCCGUUUUCCUCCUCGUGACGAAGGCCCUCCCUCCGAAGUUGUCGAGAUCUCGAGCUUUCUUCAUGCUUGCGAGGGCGAUGCAGUGACAAAGCUGACGAACGAGAAGAUACCCUACUUCAAUGCUCCGAUUUACACUCAGAAUAAGACUCAGAUCGGUAAAGUAGACGAAAUUUUUGGUCCCAUCAAUGAAUGCGUGAGUUAUUUUUCUAUCAAAAUGAUGGAGGGCAUUGUUGCUACCUCAUAUUCUGCGGGUGACAAAUUCUUCAUCGACCCAGCUAAGCUUUUGCCACUUGCAAGAUUUCUUCCCCAGCCAAAGGGGCAACCGCAAGGUUCUAGAGGGGGGCGUGGAGGUGGAAGAGGAGGGGGUGCAAGAGGUGGUCGUGGUGGUCGUGGAGGUGGCCGUGGAAGAGGUCCUCCAAGGGGUGGUUCAAGAGGUGGUAGUCGUGGUGGUUUCAGGGGCAGAGGAAGAUUUUAAAGUAUUUGGGUGUGUUUUAAGCAUUCUAAUGUGAAGAAAUUUCAAGUCCUAUUUAUCUAUCAGCGAUUAACUAUUUAAGCCAUUGGUAGUGUCCGUGCGUCUAAAGAAUAGUUUUCUGUGGAAAACCCACCCCCCCCCCCCCCCCCUUUGUAUGGUUGGCUUGGUCAUUUUUCUGAUGUGGAAGUGCUGCAGUUUUUGAACUGGAACAUGCUAAUAUUAUUUUGUUGUGUUUUGCCAA